CCUUCUGGAAACUCAAAUUUCCAUUUCCCCACAGUAAAGAAAAAAAAAAUUACAUGAGCAUCUCUUCCGGUUACACCACCAGCGUCUUUCUCGCGCCCAACUGCUCCAACAACCUCUUAUUCUGCUUCCCUCGAAACUCUUUCCGUAUCCGCGAAUUUCGCGUUUUCAGACGACGACGCCGUUUCAAGAUCUCCCGCUCCAACCCCACUCUCCAAAGCCAAUCCAAUUUCUCUUUCGAUAACAACCUUUUCCAGAACCUUCCUUCGCUCGAUUUUCUCGCUCCGGUUUUGGGUCUAACUUCCGGCGUUGCUCUUUAUUUAUCGUCGCGGUUGAAUUUAGCGUUCGGAGGUCGAGACAAUGCCUGCGAAAUCGGGGAGUGGGUUUUGUUCACCAGUCCGACGCCUUUUAACCGCUUCGUCAUCCUCCGAUGCCCCUCCAUAUCGUUCGAAGGGACUGAGUUGAUGGAGGAUGUGAACGAGAGGUUGGUGAAGGAAGAUAGGCAUUUCGUGAGGCUAGAUAGCGGGAGGAUGAUACAGGCGAGCAGGAACAGAGGAGAGGAGCCGAAUGAGUUGGAAUACCAGAGAGUUUGUAUAAACACGGAGGAUGGCGGUGUCGUUUCGAUUGAUUGGCCGGCGAAUUUAAACUUGAGCGAAGAACAUGGAUUGGACUCUACGGUGUUGGUGGUUCCGGGAACGGCGGAGGGUAGUAUGGACGAGAAGAUCAAGGAGUUUGUUAAGGACGCGGUUUUUUGUGGGUUUUUUCCGGUUGUUAUGAAUCCUAGAGGUUGCGCUAGCUCGCCACUCACCACUCCGCGGUUGUUCACAGCUGCUGACAGUGAUGAUAUCUCCACAGCUAUACAGUUCAUCAAUAAGGCAAGGCCAUGGAACACAUUGAUGGGUGUUGGCUGGGGAUAUGGUGCAAACAUGUUGGCAAAAUACUUGGGAGAAGUUGGUGAAAAAACACCUUUGACAGCUGCAACUUGCAUAGACAAUCCUUUCGAUUUGGAAGAGGCCACACGAUUGACUCCUUAUCACAUUGCUUUAGAUGAAAAACUCACUGGUGGACUUAUAGAUAUUCUACGAUCUAAUAAGGAGCUAUUUCAAGGCCGAUCAAAAGGGUUUGAUUUGGAAAAGGCUUUAUCGGCCAAAUCUGUCCGUGACUUUGAUAAGGCAAUAUCUAUGAUCUCUUAUGGCUUUGAGGCCAUAGAAGACUUUUACUCCAAAUCUAGUUCACGAAGCCUAGUUCACAAUGUGAAGAUCCCGGUUCUUUUUAUACAGAAUGAUGACGGAUCAGUUCCACUGUUAUCCAUUCCACAUGGUUUGGUUGCAGAAAAUCCUUUUACCAGCCUACUUCUCUGUUCUUGUUCUUCAUAUAGAGCUACAGUGUCUUGGUGCCAUCAUCUUACUAUUGAGUGGCUUACUGCGGUGGAGCUUGGACUCCUAAAGGGUCGACAUCCUCUUCUAAAUGAUGUUGACAUCACCAUCAGUCCUUCAAAAGGCUUAGUUUUUACAGAAGAUAGGUUGACUGGUAAAGGAAGAAACACUAAGAAGCUUUUGGAUCUUUCUAGUUCAAAUUCUGUAAAUGGCUAUUCUGUUGGUCCUACAAGAGACAUGUUAGAAGAUGGUGGUACAGCUGCUACCAUACACCAACAGUCCAGACAAGAUUCGCUCAAAGAUUUGUCAGCAGAGACCAAACCUCUUGAAGGAGAGUUGGUCAAAGAGGAAGCUGUACCUGAAGUUGGUGAAAUAGGGCAAGUUUUACAAACUGCACAAGUAGUUAUGAAUAUGCUUGAUGUAACUAUGCCCGGAACUUUGAAAGAAGCAGAGAAGCAGAAGGUAUUGACUGCUGUUAAUCAAGGAGAAACAGUUAUGAAAGCUUUGCAAGACGCUGUUCCAGAAGAUGUUCGUGAAAAACUCACGGGAGCUGUAUCAGUUAUCAUGCAUUCUCAUGGCACAAACUUAAAACAAGGCAUUGAGAGGAUUCCCAAUGCAAUCAGGGUUUGGGUCAAAGCGCAAGAAAGUGUCAGUAAAGCUCAUUCUCCAGAUGAGAUAAAAAGAGCCGAGGAUUUGGCAAAUGGGACUGAUAGCAAUCAAGUUGGCUUGGAGAAAGCUACUUCUGGACAGGGAUCAGAAUAUCAGCCUUUAGAAAAUAUGGAAAAGUUUGGGGAGGUAGGUCAAUCUCAACCAACAAGUGGAGAUCACAGUGAUAUUUCUUCUUCAGUCAAGAAGGAUACAAAUGAAUUGGGAAAAAUUCAUGGAAGUGAUGAUCUCAACAAGGAAAAGGCUUCUCUGCAUGCCGACUCAAUUGAACCAGGAUCAGAAACUAGUGCUAAGCCUAAUUUGACUGCCCAUGCUGAAAAGGAAGGUAGCACAGAUGAAAUACUUAGUGGCAAGUCCAAAGCAGACCGAGAUGGUAAUAAUUCCCAGCAAAAGGAAGAAAUAGUCAUGGAUUCUUUGACUGACCAAAAUAAAAUGGCGUCUGAAGGAUCUUCUGAAGCCCAACCAGAGGAAGGGGAAAAGAACAAUGAUCAGAAAAAAGAUCUGCAACAUUCAUCUGAUCAAAAUAAGUCCACCGUCACUGAUUCCAAUACUCCAGCCUUCAGUGUUUCUCAAGCAUUAGAUACUCUGACAGGGAUGGAUGAUUCCACCCAAGUAGCUGUUAACAGUGUGUUUGAUGUGAUAGAAAAUAUGAUUGAUCAACUUGAGGAGGAAAAAGAAAAUGAUUCUCGUGAUGGACAUGAGGUUAGGACUGAGAAUACUGAGACUCUGCCUGAGACGCAAGAUACAUCUAGAAAAAACGAGGGCAGUGAAGAUGCUAACAAAUUAAGAGAGACUGAAAGCAGUAAAAAUAGCCAGGCUAUGAUUUCUGAUAGAUUGCAUGAUCCUCCCACAAAUAAUGAUCGUGGAAACGGUACAGUCUUGCAGGAUGACUCAACAAGUGAAUGGCUGCAGAAGGAAUCCCCACAAAGUCCUGUUCCAUCUAAGGAGACCGGUAGUGAUGAUUCUCAGGGAAAUAUUGCAGGUAGUAGUUUGGAUUUGCCAAGAAACAAUGAUGGUCCAGUUGGUCGUAAACCUCUGGUUGAUUAUUCAGAUAGACCCAUAAAUAGCAUUCCAUAUAGUAAAUACUUCCACAAAUAUUUGCUUUCAAAACAAAUGACCAAACCACUAGAUGUAGAUGCAACUACUGCUUUAUUGCUCGACUACUUUCCAGAAGAAGGUCAGUGGAUGCUCCUAGAACAACCAGGAGAGAACGGAGAUUCUAAUGCUGUUCUUACAACUCAUAGCAGAGAGCUUCAGGCUCCAUCUGCUAAAGUGAGUGAAAUGGAAAAUUGCAUUGAAACAUCACAUGUAACAUUAGAUACUGAGAGACAGCAUGACCCUGUUGUAGAGUUUGAGACUAGUGGCAAUAUGAAUGGAAAUGCUGGACAGGACUAUAGGGGAUUAGAGGAAUUGAUGCAGCUUGUAGAAGUUACCAUAUUGGAUUCUUUGAGGGUGGAAGUUGAUCGCAGGCUGAGUGCAUCUGACAUGGAAGAAAUGGAAUCUCAACUUGCUAUAGAUAUUGAAACAGUUGCAACUGCAGUGUCUCUGUGUAUUAGAAAUGAUGAGCAGCUUAAUGAUUUUGAGGGCAAAGAGAGUGUUAUUGGCAAUACCUCAGAUAAAGUUGGUACUCUUAAUGGAGAGAACGUUAUCAAGACUAUUUCAUCUGCUGUUCAGAGAACAAGUUGUCUAAGGAGAGUGCUGCCAAUGGGUGUUAUUAUAGGAUCUAGCUUAGCUGGUUUGAGGAAGUAUUUUUAUCUAUCUACAGUUCAUGAUGGUGAUCAAAGUGAAGUUAAAGCUGAUGAAAAAAUACAAAUAUCUCUGGAGGGAAAUAAUGAUAAGACUAGUACAAUGGAUAUUGAUAAAUCACCUAUUUAUAAAACUAGUGAAAAUGGUACUUUGCAUGUCCCCAGUAGUAAAAAAGAGGUAGAAAGUGGUUUGAAAGGCCUAAACAAAGACGAUGUCAUGGUUGGUGUUGUUACAGCUGCUCUGGGAGCAUCAGCUUUGCUAGCGCCACUGCCAAAUCAGGAUCCCCUAGAAGAAAAGGGAACUGCAGAAAGUUCAUCCAAGACAUUCAAAGGGAAAUAUCAUCAGCAUAAAGAACCUGGAACUCCUGAGGAAACAGUAGGUGACAAACACCAAAUCAAUAUGGUCAGUAGUCUUGCGGAGAAAGCCUUGUCAGUUGCUGGUCCUAUUGUACCUACAAAGGAGGAUGGUGAAUUGGAUCACGAAAGAUUGGUUGCUAUGUUAGCAGAUUUGGGACAAAGGGGUGGCAUUUUGAGGCUAGUUGGUAAAGUUGCUUUGCUUUGGGGUGGUAUACGUGGUGCAGUGAGUCUAGCGGAUAGGCUUAUCUCAUUUCUCCAUAUAGCUGAACGCCCCUUCUACCAAAGGAUUCUUAGCUUUGUCAGCAUGGGUCUUGUUUUGUGGUCGCCAGUUAUUGUUCCAUUGCUUCCAACUCUUGUGCGGAGCUGGACAACAAAUAAUCCCUCCAAGUUCACUGAACUUGUUUCCAUUAUUGGCUUAUACGUUGCUCUCAUGACACUUGUCAUGUUAUGGGGGAAAAGAAUACGUGGUUAUGAAAAACCUCAUGAGCAAUAUGGACUGGAUUUGACAUCGUCAACGAAAUGUAGGAUCACAGGUCUUCUGUCGGGCCUGAUUGGAGGAGUCACGCUUGUAAUGUUAAUACAAUCUGUAAAUGCUUUGCUUGGCCUUGUCAGUUUGUCUUUGCCUUCAAAUUUUCUCCCAUCAUCUGUGGACUUCAUGGCUAGGCUCCGAGUUUAUGGGAAAUUGUUUGUUAUGGCUCUUCGAGGAAUUGUUACUGCUACUGGCAUUGUGCUAGUUGAAGAACUGGUUUUUAGAUCAUGGUUGCCUGAUGAAAUUGCUGCAGAUUUUGGCUAUCAUCGGGGAAUUAUCAUAUCAGGAAUUGCAUUUUCUUUGACUCAGAGGUCUCUAACGGCGAUACCCGGGUUGUGGCUUGUAUCAUUGGCUCUAUCAGGCAUUCGGAAAAGAAACGAGGGCAGCCUCGCAAUUCCAAUCGGGUUGCGGGCUGGGAUAAUGGCUUCAAGUUUUGUUGUACAAACAAGUGGAGUUGUAAAUUAUAAGGCCAACCAUCCUCUCUGGGUAACUGAAGCUUACCCCUUUCAACCUUUUAGUGGAGUAGUUGGUCUUGCAUUUGCUUUAGUGUUGGCAACUAUUUUCUAUCCCAGACAACCUCUGGAACAAAAAAACCUCCAAAAAAACAAACAAGAAAUGUAGGGUUAGAAGAGCAGCAGCCUUUGCCACAAAGUGCUACACUUUUGGGUCAAUAGUCUGCGUAGUCGGUCUUUGUAAUAUUUGUAAAUGCAUGUGAAGGGAAAUUUGAAGCAAAAGAAAAGGUGGAUAUUCAUGUAUAGUUGGGCGGCAUAGGUAUAGCAAUGUACAUUUUGUAAAGGUAUAUAACAAUAAUCUAAUACGUCCACAAG